GAAAGAAUCUCGAUAGACAACGAUGAUGUUGAUGUUAUGCAACAUUUUUCGUUGUUUUAGAUCUCUUAUCGGAUAAAAUUUUUAAUAAAUGAAAUUCAUCUGCCUUUGAUAAUAAUAUGCAUCAUCAACGGGCAAUGAAUCCAUUGGAUAUUUGCAUGGAUUAUGGACAAAAUCCAUCAAAUAGUUCUUCAACAAUGCAUCAAUCAUCAUCAUCAUCAACAUCGCAGCAACAGAAUUCCAAUCAAUUGCAUAAUAAUAAUUCAUCGACAACAACAGCGAUGCCACCCCCACCUCCACCACCACCUCGACCAACUUCAAGUCAAUCAACAUUAAUGAAUUCCAGUCCUAAUAUAAUUCUAUCUACUGGAUUUCAUCCAUCAUCAUCAUUACGAUCACAAUCAAUACGAUCAUCAUCAAACUCAGCCACCACAAAUUUGGAUUCGAAUACUACCGUUGCCGUUAAACGUUUUGAAUAUACAUCUGAAAAACAUUCGAAAUUAAUGUUAGAAUCAUUAUCAAUAUUACGACGACGGCGAGAACUUUGUGAUGUAAUUCUUAUUGUUGGACAAAGAAAAAUCUAUGCUCAUCGUGUUUUAUUGGCUGCAUAUAGCCCUUAUUUUCUUGCCAUGUUUACUGGAGAAUUGGCCGAAUCCAGACAAACAGAAGUAAUCAUCAGAGAUAUUGAUGAACAUGCAAUGGAAUUAUUGAUUGAAUUCGCAUAUACUUCACAUAUCAUUAUUGAAGAGAAUAAUGUACAAGUUUUAUUACCGGCAGCAUGUUUAUUACAAAUGAAUGAAAUACAAGAAGUUUGUUGUGAAUUUUUACGUCGUGAAUUAGAUCCUUCAAAUUGUCUGGGAAUAAGAUCAUUUGCCGAUACACAUGCAUGUCAAGAUCUAUUACAUUAUGCAGAUAAAUAUACUCAGGAUUAUUUUCAAGAAGUAAUUGAAAAUGAAGAAUUUUUAUUAUUACCUGUUAAUCAAUUGAUCGAUAUUGUUUCGACCGAUGAAUUGAAUAUUACAACUGAAGAACAAGUUUAUAAUGCAAUUAUGAAAUGGGUUCGCUAUAAUGUACAGGAACGUAGCCAACAUUUGGCACAUGUAUUACAACAUGUAAGAUUAUCACAAAUGUCGGCAAAAUUUUUAGUUGGAACUGUUUCAUCGGAUAUAUUAGUAAAAAAUGAUGAAGCAUGUCGUGAUCUAGUUGAUGAAGCCAAAAAUUAUCUAUUAUUACCACAAGAAAGAUCAUUAAUGGUUGGACCGCGUUUUCGGCCACGUAAACCAGUUCGUCGCGGCGAAAUUUUAUUUGCAGCCGGUGGAUGGUGUAGUGGUGAUGCUAUUGCUUCGGUCGAACGUUAUGAACCACAAACACGUGAAUGGCGUAUGGUCGCACCAAUGAAUAAACGUCGUUGUGGUGUUGGUUGUGCCGUAUUGAAUGAAUUGCUUUAUGCAGUUGGUGGACAUGAUGGCCAAUCAUAUUUGAACAGUAUUGAACGCUAUGAUCCUCAUACAAAUCAAUGGUCAAUUGAUGUUGCACCUACAUCAACUUGUCGAACUUCGGUCGGUGUUGCCGUUCUUGAUGGAUAUCUUUAUGCAGUUGGUGGACAAGAUGGUGUUUCAUGUCUAAAUAUUGUUGAACGAUAUGAUCCACAAUCGAAUCGAUGGACAAAAUUAGCCGGUAUGACUACUGGUCGUCUUGGUGUAGCUGUUGCCGUUCUUGGUGGCUAUCUUUAUGCUAUUGGUGGAUCCGAUGGUAAUAGUCCAUUGAAUACUGUAGAAAGAUAUGAUCCACGUACAAAUCGAUGGAAUCCAGUCGCACCAAUGUGGACACGAAGAAAACAUCUUGGUUGUGCUGUCUAUAAUAAUAUGAUCUAUGCUGUUGGUGGUCGUGAUGAUACAACGGAACUUAGUUCUGCCGAAAGAUAUAAUCCACAAACCGAUACAUGGCAACCAAUUGUAGCCAUGACUACUAGACGUUCCGGUGUUGGUCUUGCCGUUGUAAAUGGAUUUUUAUAUGCUGUUGGAGGAUUCGAUGGUACAACAUAUCUGAAAACAAUUGAAAUGUAUAGCCCUGAAGAUAAUCAAUGGCAAUUGUGUGGUUCAAUGAAUUAUCGACGUUUAGGUGGUGGUGUUGGCGUUAUUCGUAUGUCACAUCCAACAACAGAAUCUUCAUUUACAAUUAAAUAAUUUGUUUGGUGGUUAUCAAUCAAUCCGAUAGAUGCCAGUGAUUUUUUCAAAAAGUU